CUAUAUAUAUAUAUGUCUGCCAUGCUAUGACAAGCUUCGUGAGCGUGUCUCUUAACGUCUGUUACCGGAAUAGCUGCAAAUAAGUAGUUAUGGCUGACAUUUUGGACGCAGUAUUUAGACGGCAUGGUCACCCGACUUCAGCCUCAUCAGAAGACAAGAGCGUGUUGAGUCACAGCACUACAGAGUGUGACGGUAGUUCAGUGGUUGUCAUUGGAAAGCGAGGCGUCUGCAGCGCAUUGUUAUUCCUGACAGCAGUCACAGCUGCUUCAGAACUGGGCCAUAAAGUUAUCUUUUACACUCAUACUGUCAUUCAGAAGUUCCCGGUACCUGUCCAGGAGUCUAUGACUAGCUUGAAACCAGACAGUUUAAAGAAAAUCAAGUUUGUGUAUCCGAGAUCUUUAGAGGAGCUGCUGCUGGACGUGGCCUCCCUGCAUGAGCUGGGCUCAAGCGCAGCUGCUGCCCCGUCCCUGGUGCUGGUGGACGGGCUGGACAGCUACCUGCAUGGGAUGGAUGGCGUUGGAAGAGCAGGCGCUGGGGGGCCCCAGAGGGAGGAGAUGAGUGCCACAGCACACCUCGCAGCUCUGCUCAUCGACACAUCCUCCUUCCUUACACGCAUCUCUGAGAAAACAGGGGACAGUAGAUGUAUUGUUAAGGGUCCUGCGGUCCAAUGCCGCAUCAUCGUCUCCUACCACUCUGACUGGGAAGCCGUGACCACUGACCCUAAAUUGUCUGUGCUAGACCGUUACUUCCCGACACGCUGCACCUUGGUUCAGGAAUUGCGCUCCAUGGCUGCUAGGGAUGAAUCACAGCAUGAGUGGCAGGUGUAUCUCUCUGGGGCAGGAGUGAGUGGCGGGACCGCCAAUGGACAGCAGUGGCAUUUAGGUGUUCGUGCCAAUGGUGCUAUGGAGUUUUCUCGCACCAGCAAAUCAAAAGAGCCUGGAGACUCGGAUCAACAAAGGGAGGGGGUUUAGAAUCUGUUGCAAUCUGCAAAGUCUCUCAUGUCAGGUCUAAAGCUGUUUCCCCAUCUCUUCCUCUUGAAGGGAAGACCAUGAAGAGGUGGUGAAAAUGUCUUAAGUUAGCGGGGAAACUGUCAAGUAUGGCAGCCUCAAUGCCCGAGUUCUAAAUUCAGUUUAAUCGGUCAGGUGAAAGUUUAUUUACUGUCAAAAGCAAUCUUAUUGUUUGUUGUUACGCAAAGAAUAGAAAACACAGUUUAUUAAGAUAAAGUUUAUGCAUUGUAAAUAAAAAAAGGGUUCAGUGUGUUUACAUCUGACAGUUUUUGUAUAGAAUUACAAGUUAUUUACACAAAUCUCAUAUUCUGUAAAGCAGUUUCAAAAACAAA